AGAGGUUAAAGUUGAAACUCACAAUACAAGUCAAGCUACCGGUAAUUCUGUUUUCGUUGGACGUUCAGUUCACAUGGAAAAUUGACAUCUAAAUGGAAGACUGCAAUUGAUUGUACUCGCUUAAAAAUGAUUGCCUUUUCAGUUCUGAACAUACCUUAGGCAUGCACGGUGAGAUCAGUGUCAGUUUCUCUGAAUUGAACUGAAAACGGCACUGCUCGUCUGCAUAAUUAAAAGCGAUCCUCUGGAACAGUUUUUUCGUGCCGAUUUCAACUCCUGCGAGAAAUAAAACUCAGACGCGGGUCAUAGUUGAACACCGAGAUUUGUAUCGUUGUCGCCUCUUGCAUCUUGCGGAAUGGCUUUGCACGACGUGGAAAGCGCAGCCAGCGAUGGAGAGGAGCCGGAGGUGGUGGCGCAGGGGGGUGUGCUGGCGGCGUUCAGCGAGGCCGCCGAGACCCGCGGUCUGCUGGGCAGCCUGCCGCAGGUGCAGGGGGACCUGUCCGCCAGAGAGAUGACCACUCAGCGCUUCCUGGUUAUAAUGGAUAAGUACCAGGAACAACCUCAUCUCUUGGAUCCACAUCUAGAGUGGAUGUUAGAUCUGUUGUUGGAAAUGAUACAGAGUGAGAAAUCUCCUCCAGCCUUGGUGCAUCUGGGUUUUAAAUUUGUCUACAUCAUCUCAAAGGUGCGCGGUCACAAGAUUUUCAUGCAGCUCUUUCCUCAUGAGGUGUCUGAUGUGCAGCCAGUGCUGGACCUCCUCUGCCGCCAGGACCUAAAGGACCAUGAAACCUGGGAGACACGCUACAUGCUGCUGCUGUGGCUCUCCAUGACGUGUCUCAUCCCCUUUGACCUCUCUCGUCUGGACGGCCACCUGGCCAGGGAGCCCGGUCUCGGCCGAGUUCCUGUCAUGGACCGCAUCCUCGCUGUGGCCAAGUUAUACCUGACAGUCAGUGACAAGGGAAGAGAUGCUGCAGCUGUUCUUGUGUCAAAGUUCGUGGUUCGCCCUGAUGUCAAGCAGAAGCAUCUGGCCACCUUCCUUGACUGGAGCCUGUCCUGCAUGGCCCAAACCAGUGAGCUGACGAUGGAGGGCACAGUGGUGCUGGACGGCAUGCUGCAGGCUCUGGCCCAGCUCUUCAAGCAUGGGAAGAGAGAUGAUUUCUUGCAGUAUGCCCCCACAGUGCUGCAGUGCAUUGACAGCUGCAGGCUGGCGGAGAGCAAGCAGACCACGCUGCGCAAACUGGGGGUCAAGCUCAUCCAGCGGCUGGGGCUGACGCUCCUGAAGCCCCGAGUGGCCAAGUGGAGGUACCAGCGUGGAAGCCGGUCCUUGGCAGCCAACCUGUCCCAGUCCACACAGCCCUCCAGUCCAGCAGAGCCCAGCACUGCUCCCAUGGAGGAGGAGGACUACGAUGUUCCUGAGGAGAUUGAGAACAUCAUAGAACAACUUCUGGUUGGAUUGAAAGACAAAGAUACUAUAGUUCGCUGGUCUGCUGCCAAGGGCAUUGGGAGGGUGACGGGAAGACUUCCAAAAGAACUUGCGGAUGAAGUGGUCGGUUCAGUUCUUGAUUGCUUCAGUUUCCAGGAGACUGACAAUGCCUGGCAUGGGGGGUGCCUGGCCCUGGCGGAGCUGGGCAGGAGAGGACUGCUGCUCCCAUCGCGGCUCACAGACGUGGUGCCAGUGAUCCUGAAGGCUUUGACUUACGACGAGAAGCGUGGGGCCUGCAGCGUCGGCUCCAAUGUGCGAGACGCCGCCAGCUAUGUGUGCUGGGCCUUCGCCCGCGCCUACGAGCCCCAGGAGCUGAAGCCUUUCGUCACGCCGAUCGCCAGGGCCCUUAUCAUUGCGGGAGUGUUCGACAGGGAUGUGAACUGCCGAAGAGCAGCAUCGGCUGCGUUCCAGGAGAAUGUUGGGAGACAGGGCACUUUCCCACACGGUAUUGAUGUUCUCACUGCAGCAGAUUACUUUGCAGUUGGAAACCGAACCAACUGCUACUUAAACAUAAGUGUGUACAUCGCCAGUUUUCCAGAGUACACCCAGGCCAUGAUAGACCACCUGGUCACCAUGAAGGUCAGCCACUGGGAUGGGACGAUUCGUGACCUGGCCACUAAAGCUCUUCACAACCUUACCCCCUGUGCGCCCAAGUACAUGGCCAGUACUGUUUUGCCCAAGCUUUUACCCUUGGCUACUGGCAUGGACCUACACAGCCGACAUGGGGCUAUCCUGGCCUGUGCAGAGAUCACUCACGCACUAUCAAAACUGGCCGCAGCUGCAGACAGGCCAGCAACUGACUUUCUGUCACCAGAGCUGGUGGAAGGGCUCAGAGACAUUCACCAGAAGCUUUUUGACAGGCAGCAGUACAGAGGUCUUGGUGGCGAGCUUAUGAGGCCAGCAGUCUGUGCCCUAAUAGAAAAGUUGUCAUUGUCCAGAAUGCCCUUCAAGAACGACCCCAUUAUCAGAGGGUGGCAGUGGCUGAUUGAUGACAGCUUGAAAAGUCUGCGACUCUUCUCCAGUGGAGCAAAACAGAGCAUAAAGGAGGCGGCCGUCUCGGCGCUGGCUGCGCUGUGCCAGCAGUAUUACCAGGUGGCGCCUGGAGCUGCUGACCCCGCCAUGCAGGAGGAGCUGGUGAGCCGAUACACCGCGGAGCUACAGAGCACGGAGAUGUUGACCCGAUGUGGAUGUGCUCUUGCACUGGGAUCCCUGCCCCGUUUCAUGAUCCAUCAGAGACUGCAGCAGGUGCUGAAAGGACUCCAGAUGACUUGCCGAAUCACUCCCCAAAAUGCAAGCUUUGCAGAGGCCAGGAGAGAUGCCCUAAAAGCCAUUGCACAGGUCUGUGCCACAGUGGGAGUUUCAGCACAGGGAACUCCAGAUGCAGUGCUGUGUGUGGAGAAUGUGCCUCAGAUAUAUAGCAUCUUGCUGGACUGCAUGAACGACUACACGACUGACAGCAGGGGAGAUGUGGGAGCAUGGGUACGAGAGGCUGCAAUGACCAGCCUGAUGGAGGUGACGCUGUUGCUUGUCAGGAGUGACCCUGAGCUGCUUUCUUCCAGCAUUUGCCAGCAUAUGAUGUGCUGUCUGGCCCAGCAGUCUGCAGAGAAGAUUGACCGGUACCGUGCUCAUGCUGGCUCUGUGUUCCUGCGCAUCCUGCACUCCCAGGACCCCCCAGUACCUCACAUUCCCCACCGGGAGGAGCUCUUGAGCAUUUUUCCCAGUGGUGGGGCUGAGACGCUGAACUGGAACGCACCCUCCCAGGCCUUCCCCCACAUCACACAGCUGCUGCGCCUGCCAGUCUAUCGGCACCACACCCUGCUGGGCCUCACCGUGUCAGUGGGGGGGCUCACCGAGUCCACGGUCCGCUACUCUGCUCAGUCGCUGUUUGACUACAUGAAGGGGAUUCAGAGGGACGCCGGGGAGAUGGAACGUUUCGGGGAGACUCUGUUGCAAAUCUUCAGAGCAAAUCUGCACAAUGACCGUGUGUCCAUCCCUCUGCUGAAGAUGCUGGACCAGAUGUUAGCCAAUGGUUGUUUUGACAUUUUCACAGCAGAAGAAAAUCACAGGUUCUGUGCUGACCUGCUUGCACUCUGUAAAGAAGAGAUAAAGAAAUCCAAGGACGUCCAAAAGCUGAGGUCCAGCAUUGCUGUGUUCUGUGGGCUGAUCCAGUUCCAGGGGGACAUCAGGAAGAAGGUUCUGUUCCAGCUGCUGAUGCUGCUGUGCCACCCCUUCCCUGUGAUUCGCAAGACCACCGCCAGUGAGGUGUACGAGAUGCUGUUGACCUAUGAUGAUGUCAUCGAUCCAGCAGUGAUGGACGAGAUCAUGACCUUGCUUAGCGACACAAACUGGGAGAGCAAUUUGGCCACAGUGCGGACUCACAGGAAUCAGCUCUGCGAUUUGUUGGGAGUCCAGAAGCCCUGUGUAGUUGCCAAGAGCCCAGCUGAGUAAGCAGUCUCUACAUUCAGAAGAAGAGCUGUGGGCCGUACCGAUGUCUGCAAGAAAUGUCUAAUGUCUAAUGUAGUUUGUACCACUUAUCUAGUCGUCUGUCAGUGUCUCUUACUGAAUAACUUAAAUAUGGGAAAUGAACUGAUUGAAGCACUACCAAUAAAGUGUUUUCAGAAAUAA